CGCUCGAUCGGGCCAGCUCUCCUGAGCGCAUGCGUUAUUCUGCCCAAAUCGACACACCCACUUUCCCACUGUCAUGCAGCGCACGUAUGGGACGCCGUUCGUUUCAAAAUUCUAAACUGUCGGUAAGACACACGACGCUCUGUAAAGUUACACGACGCUGUAACAACAACGUCGUGCGUGUAUGUCGUCCACGUCCUGACCUUUGACUCCAAACCACGUGGAAGUCUGGAAGAUGGCCGAGUCUCAGCCAGGCGACGUGCCUACGAACACCAUCGACAAUUCUGUGACUAAAUCUGUUUUGGUGUGUUUUGGGGAAAGGAAAAGGGAAUUUCUUUCACUUAUCAAGGCUCGUCGUAUCAAGAGCAACUCGAGGCACUUGGCGUUGCAGUGGGGGAGGUCUACUCUGACGUUUUGAAGGGGGAGGAAGAAAUCAUUUUCCAAGUCAAACGUGAGGAGUGGGAUGGGGAGUUCACCGAUCUUUGUGGUCCUGUUCCAGACCGAGCAGUGUUAUUGGCAGUUGUUGCUGGUCCAAGCGAAGAGGUCCGUAAAUAACCACUGUAUUAGGCUGGCAGCUAUAGCACUAACAUGCACUCUUUUACAGUCUGAACGACUAACAUCAGUGGCUCUCAAGGCACUGCAAAAAGUGAAACGACCAUCUUCUUCUAAGCUUGCAAAGCUGUACCUUUCGAGCAAAGUGCCAGUUAAAGGUAAACGGCUCGCAGAUCCUUACAAGAGUGUGUAGUUCUCCCAUCCAAGAGAGCGAAAAAAGCUUUCCAUAUGAAGCCAGUAACACUAGACGUUAUUGUUUUGCCUCCUUGGAAGUCACUCAUUCUACCCCGAGGAAAGCAGCGGCAGCAGUUGGCGGCCAAUGGCCGCGUGAAGAGUGUUCAAUUCAAGCGCACUAUGUCUCCUCAGCUAGUACGAAAUACUAUCAUUUCCAACUUUGCAAAUCUGAGCUUGAAGUCUUGGGAGAGUCUUGAUGUUAAGGGAGGUAAACUGGAGAAGAGCGACUGCCAACAACCUGGUGGUGAGAUGUGCCAGAGAAGAGGAGCUGUGUAUCUGAAGGUGCUUACACAAUAGUCUAUUAACUAACGCCCAGCCAGCACGCAUAGUGCUAAUACAUGAAGCGGUCAGCCCUGGCCCUCCAUGCAGUCUCCGGAGACAGCUGAAAAUCAACCAAGUGCAUCUUCAACUACUGCUCAAGCUGGACCAUCUAAAGCAGUAAAUAAACAAAGUACAGAACCUUCAUCCAACAUGCGUUUUUUGAUGGGCCAGAUGAAGAUGAUCCAUCUGAUGAUGAUCUACCCCAAGUUUCUCUAUCACAUGAGAAGAGAGAAUGUUGAGGAAUCUCGACACAUACGAGAGGAGCAAGAUCGUGCAUAUGAAGAGAGUGCACGGAGGGAUCGUGACCAAGCACAACAAAUUAGAGAGGAGGAAGAACAAACACAGAGAACUGUUAUCCUGAAGGCUCAACUGAGAGAGAGAUUCCCAAGUACAGAUGGAUCUGAGGGAAAGUUGGUGUGUAUUCGCUUACCAGAUGGUGAACGAAAAGAGUGUUGUGUACCACGUGACUCAAUAAGCAAGGUCCUGUAUGAGUUUGUGUUCUGCAACAGUGAGAUUUGUUCACCAUUUGGAAUAUACACCUGUCAUCCUCGAGCAUUGGUUGAUCCAGAGAGAGCCGUUACUGGGCUGGAAAUAAUGCUUAUUGUUGAGGAGGGAGAAGAUCUGAUUGAUCCGUUUACUCUUGUUGACCAGGGUGUUGGCAGAAAGCCAGAGAAGCACUCUGAUGUACUGAAAAAUGCUUCUCAGACCAGAGAUGCAUUUAUUCAGUCUAUGUCCUUUCAUCGUGGUUGUCCACAUGCAGUACGCAGAAGUGAAUUGCUGGAUGAUAUUAUUACCCUCUAUCAAGAAAAUCAGCCAAAAGUAUUUGAAGAAUAUCCUUUUCAGAUCAAGUUUGUGUCAGAGAAAGCUAUCGAUGCUGGGGGAGUUUCUCGCGAUAUGUUCUCAGCAUUCUUUGAAGAAAUGUAUAAGGUGUAUUUUGACGGAGCAAACCUGCUCAGUCCAAUUGUUCACCCAGGAAUGGAUGUUUCCGUCAUAUCCAUCCUCGGAGCAAUAAUUUCGCAUGCUUAUAUUGUUAGGGGAAUUCUCCCAACUCGAAUAGCCUUUCCUACCUUGGCCCGUUUUUUGUUGGGUCCAAGCAUUACAGUUUCAUCUGAGGUCCUUGUUGAUACAUUGAUUGAUAGCCUUAGUCUCUAUGAGGCUGGUAUUAUGAAGCGAGCAAGUGCAGAAGCCAAAGAAAAGCAACCAUCAUUUUCGAGUGAUUUGAUGCCUCUUAUUAUAUCAGUAUUUAGUCGCUUUGGAGUGAGGCAGCUGCCGACUCCACUUAAGUUUCAACACACACUCAGCCAAGUUGCCACCUAUGAGUUUUUCUCCCCGCUACCCUCUCGCUCU